AUGCAUGAGAGACACGGGGGAGCCGGGGGUCAGCAUCAACCAACGAGUGCAGAUUCCCUAACGCACCCCAAAGUUAACACUGUGUUUGGGUCCACUCCCUGCUUGGGGUGCUCAAUGCUACUCAAAAAAACCCUAAAGGGCAAGGCUUUUGUCAGGACAAGUUGGGUCUACAUGGGGCUAUCAGACGGCAGAUCUCAAACAACAUCUCCUCCAUUCAACAGCAGUGGGGACUGGGCCAGCGAGGAAGCAGCUCACGUGUUGCUCUGGUUGAUUGUCACUCAGUACCAGCACAGUUGCCUACCUGACAAAAAGGGUAGCACCAUGAUAUGGUGUGAAAGAAAGAUGCUGUGUGUUGGCACUGGCGACCCAACGAAAGGCUUUAGAGCCCAGUUGCCCCUCAACCUUUUACAGCCAGAACAAAAUCAGCCCGACACCCAGGACCUGUUCCGUCCCUCCUCACCCAGAGCCAUGUGCGCUGCUGCUGCCAACCCAGCGCCUAUUUCCCCCCCUACCCUGGCGGAUAUUGUGCGUCACGCCUACAACAAGAACAUCCUCCUGACUACUCAAGCCACCACCUUUUCGCACGCGCGCAGCCAAGCUCGACGCAGCCCUUACUCUCAAGCCAUUCCUGGCAUUGCCGCUGGCCACAACGGAUCGAUCCUUUGCUACAAGCUGCAGCAGACCUGCUUCUGGCGUCACUUGCAACGCGUCUUCUUCGACAACCCGCAUGAGUGCAGCUUCUACGAGAGCAUGACCGUGACCGAGUACGAGCAGUAUGUUCAGGCCAAGCACCGAGCCUCUAUCUUGGAAGCAGCAAUGGUCGUGGGGAUCGAGGCAACGAAUGUGACAGAGCCUCACACCGACAUGGCCAUCCCGACUUUCGCUGCUGCUACCACGCUUGAUACCGCUGCCACAGCUGCUACAGCUAUUACAACAAUCACAGCGGCCUCUCCUCCUUCUUCUCGUGUGCAGACCAACGUCGCCGCUGCCACCUCCUCCCGCUCGACAACCAUGAACAAGCCUAUCAAUGUCAUCAAACAAAAUGUUAUUGAGAACUACAAGCCCACGAUUGAUGACGACGACAACGACUCGAUACCAACACGACUGCAGACCUUGGUGCGCUGUACCCCUCGCCUGGCGCGUCAUCACCACGCCCGUCAGCGCCGAUCUUUCUCCCGAUCCCGAGCCUGCUCCGACGACCGCCAUCAUCUCCGAGACGAUUCUACCCAGCUGGCACACGUGGAGAGUGUACCUCGUGGCAAUGUCUCAGCCCAGUCCUCCAUUGGCACUGCACACGCCUCGCUGCAGGCUCGAUCCUUUAUCUGCUGA